AUGGAGCCGCUCCCUCCUGCACUUUUCUUUGUGUUGAUUUCACUGAUUGGUGUUUUAGCAGCUGCUUAUAGGGAUGACAUUAUAAUCCUUAGAAAGAUAGAAGAUACAAGCACUGAAGAAGGAAAGAAUGAGACACAGAACUGUGGAGAAAAGAGCUCAGUUUCAAGAGGGCGAUCAAAUGCUCGUAGGCGUCGCCGGCAGAAAGGAUGCUCAAAAUUCAGAAAGGAGGUUGAAGAAAGAAAUCAUGAUAAAAAGCCAUACCAAGAAUCUUCUGGAUUCAAGUCUGGACAAAGCCCUUUAAACAGGCAGGCUUUAAUUAAGCAGGAUAAGUGCAAUGGCAAGUCUAAGGCCCAAGCAGAGAGGAAUGGAGGCCAAUCAGAGAAGAACCAGCAUCAAUCGGAAGGAUCUCAACGCCAACGGGAAGAAAAUCGACACCAUUCAGAGAGAUCUCAAGGCCACUCAGAGAGAUCUCAUUGUCAGUCAAAGAGAUCUCGAGGGCAAUUAAAGAGAUCUUAUGGCCAAUCAGAGAGAUUUUGUGGCCAAUCAGAGCGAUCUCGUGGCCACACAGAAAGAUCCUGUGGCCAAUCAGAGAAAUUUCAUGGUCAAUCAGGGAGAUUUCAUGGCUACUCAGAGAGAUCUCGUGGCUACUCAGAGAGAUCUCGUGCCACUCAGAGGGAUUUCAUGGUCACUCAGAGAGAUAUCAUGACCACUCAAAGAGAUCUCAUGUCCUAUCAGAGAGAUCUUAUGUCCUAUCAGAGAGAUCUCAUGUCCUAUCAGAGAGAUCUUAUGUCCUAUCAGAGAGAUCUCAUGGUCAGUCAGAGAGAUCUCAUGGCCAAUCAGGGAGAUAUCGAAGACACUCACCAGUAG